UCUUGCGCUGCUAAGACUACGCCUAUCGUCUCAUCAGCUACAGGUGUACGAUCUCCCAGGACCAGGUUCAGUAUGGGGGACUCCGACGAUGGAGCACGAAGGAAGGGGCACGGUUUCCGCUACGAAGAGCUGGUCAUCGCCCUGGUCUUCCUCCGCUGUGUCAGGAAGCAACUCUCCGACUUUGCAAUUCAUUCCGACAGCUUGGACGCGGGUAAAUUUGACGACGUCGUAGUCACCUGGAACGGAAGUCAAGAUAAAUACUCCUUCCUCGUGCAAGUGAAGCAUAAGACGUCUGGAGUGAUCAGAAGAGGAGACCUAUUUUCAGACGGUGACAACAAACCCGAUUUCAACAUAAGGAGGUACGAGGCUUCUUACAGGACCAUUAAAUGUGGUCUGAGAGGCAGGCAGUACGCGCUGGUGAUCUCAACGAACCUCGCCCUGCACGAAAAUGCCUUGGAUUGUUUCUGCGUGCGACAGGCAAAGUCUGUCGUAGGCGCAGACCUACUGCACACCGGCGGUACAAUUUAUCAGCUCAACCCAGAGGAGGUUACUUUUGACUCCGAUUUUAUGGAUCAUUUCUUCAUGUUUUGCAGUCAGAAGGGCGUCAACGAAAUGAGAGACGCCAUCUGCGAGGAACUCAAACAACUAUUAGGGUCUCCUGGAGACGAUAAAAUCAACAGUGCAUUCGAGGAAUUGUGCAAGUGUGUGGAGAAAUGGAAAGAUAGGCAAUGUAAAAACCCUGAGCGCUUAACCAGCAGCUGGUCUGAGUGGGAAGACAUUGAAAACCGGUACAAAUCUAGUUUAUGUACUAUUUUAUGAGUCUGCUGGUAAUCUUUUUCGUUACCUUUGCUUUUGAAAGGUUACCAAAUUAAAUAGCUUAGAUUCGUUCAUCCCCUCCCCCCUCAAAAAUUGCAAUUCAAUGAAAUUGUGUUUCAGUAUUGUUAUGACUGUAGGUACAGGUAAGAACAUAUAUCGUAGACUGAUUUUUAUAGUUACCUAUAUGUAUGAUGCAGCCUAGCGCCAAUAACCUGUUUACUCCUAAGAUAAAAAAAGUUCAGGAAAGUUUUCUUUUCAUAUUUUCCAGCAAACUAAUAAACGAGUAGGCCACAUACGCAAAUGAAAUAUUUUUUUAUGAUUCACUAAGGCAUAAAUGAAGGUCAA